UGGAAUGCCACAGGCAGCGCUAGUGACAAUUCGUUACGGGCCGUAUGAAUCCUGUGGGGUGGUGGAUUACAGGACCAGCCGCCUGCAGGGCUUGCAAGCAAUGCUGGAGGCCAAUGGACAUCAUUGCAUUCUCGAACAAUUCCUUGACUGGAACAUGGUGGAGCUUAUCGUGAAAGGAGAGUCUGUCUUCACAUGCAAAAUAACAGAUCUUGAUUUUGGAGGUGAUGGGAAAUUGGACCCAAUUUGCAAGGAGGCAGUGAAAGCAGUGAACGAUGCUUAUUGACCAGCAUUGAAAUUGUACUGUCAUUUAUAUCCUCACUCCCUAAACAUGUUGCUGCUAAGUUGUUUCAUUGCUUUGUCUCAAUUUCUGACUUCUGCAGAUAAUGUGGAUAGUCCUCCAGGGAUUUAGGGGAUCUAGCAGUGUUCUACAGCUGAGCCCAAUUCAAUAGUUCUGCAUUUAUUGUUUAGAAAUCUUAGCAGAAUUAAAUAAAACCAAUUCAUGCAUACACUGUUGUCACAUUAUUCUUCUACCUCCUCCGUGAAAUCCCACCUGUGUACCUAAGCUGGCUGCAUUCACAAAUAAAU